AUCCAAGCGCUCAGAGCUUAGCGAUCCGAGAAGCAACAUCCUCUCUUUCGUUCGUUCGUUCGUUCCCAUCGAUUUCUCCGCGCCAAAUAAAAUCCCAAAUCUAGAAUUCUAAAAUCUAAAUCUAAACUUGGCCAAUCAUUCAUUUUAUCCCUCUUCAUUCUCAAAUCCUCUAACACAUCUCUUAAACGCAAUGUCUUCCUCCUCUGUUCCACCCGUCCUCCCUAUCUCCACUGCCCAAUCCGGCGAAUCCCAACCUCCCGUCGCCACCCCGGCAUUUCGCUCUUUCAUCUCCCAUCUCAAUGAUUCCCUCCGCAACGGCCUCUCCCAGCGCCGUCCCUGGGCCGAACUUGUAGACCGUUCCGCCUUCUCCAAGCCUGAGUCGUUCUCCGAAGCCACCCUCCGUGUCCGCAAAAAUUUCUCGUAUUACCGAGUCAAUUAUCUAUCGGUGAUUGGUCUGAUUCUUGCCUUUUCGCUUCUUUCCCACCCCUUUUCCCUUCUCCUCCUUUUGGGACUCCUCUGCUCCUGGAUCUUCCUCUACCUCUUCCGCCCUGCUGACCAGCCUCUCGUCAUCUUUGGCCGCACCUUCUCCGACCGCGAGACCCUCGGCAUCCUCAUCAUCUUUAGCGUCUUCGUUGUCUUCCUUACCAACGUUGGAUCUCUUCUCAUUUCGGCUCUCAUGGUUGGAGUCGGACUCGUCUGUGCUCACGGCGCCUUCAGGGCCCCUGAGGACCUCUUCUUGGACGAGCAAGAACCAGCAGCCACCGGUUUCUUGUCCUUCCUAGGCGCUGCUGCCUCCAAUGUAGCCGCUGCCGCUGCCCCUGCCGUGGCAGCUCGUGUCUGAAUGUGAUCCAGGGAUCCGUCUUUCUGAAUCUCGUUCUCUAGUGUAUUACAAUAUACUUCAAUUGUGAAUGAUUCAAAUUUUUCCUGUAGACAAAAUAUUUGGGAAAUUUUGGGACAUUUUAUGAAUAGGGUGGAUAUAAACAUUGGUGAAAUGUAUAUGGAUCUGGUUUAUUAGAUACUUUAUAUCGGUGUAUCCAUUGAGACUACGUGAUACAAAGUUGUAAUUCCCUUUUAUUAGCACAGAUCAUGCAUAGAGAUCUUAUGUUUAUUCUGUAUCUAGUGCAUAUGUGUUUAUGAAAGUUUCUGAAAAUUCAUAUUGUCAAAUCUGUGCAUAGAGCAUGAUUAUGUCCAUUUCUAUGAGGUUACCUCUUUGCAUUAUAGAAACAAUAUUAUUUAAUCGCCCCUAUUAGUUGAUGAAAAAUUCACUGCAAGCUAUUCACUCAUCAGCUCUUUCUUAUAACAUCUUAACGGAUCAAUGCUUAAUUUUUACUCUUUAGUUUUUUAAUGUAAGUUGGUACACAGCCUGAGAUGUUCAAUGUUGAUAGCUAAAUGUCCUUUGUCUUCUCUUCCUCUUAUGCUGCUUUUACUUUUCUAUAAUGCUUGCGUGCAUAAGAUUGUUUCUCCCUCCUUACAGAUUUUAGUGUUCUUUAUUUAUUCCUACUGGCAACCUGAAACGUAUGAAAAGGGGUAAAAUUUAGUGAAAUCAAAUUGCAUGACCAUUAAUCGACCUGCCUUCAUGCUCGGUGGGGUAUUCAGCUAUGAUAUUUGUGGUUGUUGAUUUUCUCUAACGUAUAAACUAGGCUUGAUUUUUUAAACACUGGCCCUCAGCUUUUGUGAGUAGGAGAAUCUAAUCCCCUAACUUUUUGGGCAAAAGGGUUGGGAAAGGGAUGUUUUGAGGUUGCUGCUAUCAGGACCAUCAUAUUUU